AUGGCCAGCGUCGUUCGACAAAAUGCGAACCCCAGAAAGAGCUGGGGGGAAACCUGCAAGAGGUCAACCAACGGCUUGCUGCAAGACUCCGGCUAUGAUGGUAAGGUCGCGAGCGCUUUGGCUGCUAGUACCAUCUCUCAAUUCUAUGAUAGGAGCGAUCAAUACGAAACUGAAUGUCCAGGUACUAAAAGCAACUUCACCAAUUGGCGGGCUUUCCUCACAGAAGUACCUACCCUCCAAGAUAUUGCUACUGAUCACGAAUAA